UUCCCCCGUCCACCAUCUUGAGUUAAGCUGAUCGUUGGGUUUAUUACGUGACUCGCGUCGUCGUGUAUCAAACAUGUCCGACCAGCUUUGCAAACUUUUUGUCGGUGGACUUAACGUGGACACCGACGACGAUGGCCUGCGCAAGCACUUCGAACAGUACGGCACGCUGACCGACUGCGUGGUGGUGGUGAACAAGCAGCUCCAGCGCUCCCGCUGCUUCGGCUUCGUCACCUACUCCACACCGGAGGAGGCCGACGCGGCCAUGGCGGCCAGGCCGCACACCGUCGACGGAAACGCGGUCGAGGUGAAACGCGCCGUGGCCCGAGAAGACGCCAACAAGCCGGAGGCCCUCGCUAAGGUCAAAAAGAUCUUCGUCGGUGGACUGAAGGACGACAUCGAGGAGAACCACCUCACCGACUACUUCUCGCAGUACGGCCAGGUGGAGAAGUCUGAAGUCAUCUCGGAGAAGGAGACGGGAAAGAAGCGAGGCUUCGGCUUUGUUUACUUUGCCGACCACGAUGCAGCCGACAAGGCGGUGGUGGUGAAGUUCCACACCGUUAAUGGACACAAGGUAGAGGUGAAGAAGGCCCUGACGAAGCAGGAGAUGCAGGCGGCCAACAGAACCGGCAUGGCGCCGAGAGGCAGACCGGGCCGAGGUAUGAGGGGCAAUCAAAAUGGCUACGGCAGCAGAGACUACGGAGGAAACUACAACUACGGAAAUGGCGGAGGCUACAACUGUGGCGGCUAUGGGGGGUAUGGCGGACCCUAUGGGGGUGGCUACGGAGACCAGGGAAGUGCCUACGGCGGAGGAAGCGACUACAACGACUUCGGCAGCGGCUACGGCCAGCACUCGUCCGGGUACGGCCCCAUGAAGGGGCCUCCCUUCGGCGGCCAGAGGAGCGCUGCUCCCUACGCCAGAGGCGGCGGCGGCGGCGGCUACCCGAGGGGAGGCUAUGGCGGCGGCUACUAGGCGAAAGUGCGCAGCAGAAAUUCACCCAUCCCCUGCCAUGAAUUACGUCCUGCCAGGAUUUGGUCAAAAUUCAGUAACGAGGCGUCUGCCGUGCAAUCCAACCAUGGCAGACACGGACACAGAGACCCCCUAAUCAUAACGAAGACCUCAAACCCAAACAGGUAGGAAGGUCACUUCCCAGAACAGCUGAUAGUACCGAGCAGCCGGUGUUGCCGUACGUCUAGGACACAUUAAAUGAAGAAUUGCAUACAUCGAUCCAUUUUUUUAUUAUGUACGCACGCAACUGCGUGUAGUUGUCGUUUAGAUAUUUUUUUGCGUUCACUCGUUUUUUGGGAAUUUCAUUGUAGGAUUGUUUUAAGUUUGUUCAAUAUUUUUGCAUUUUAAAGAUAUUAGAUUAGAUUCUGUUUUCUGGAGUAACCCUAGUGUGACCUAAAUGUGAGAAUGAGAACGCAUGUUAUGUGCUAAAGGAUUUCAUAGUUGUGUCUCAUAACAUUAAAUUUGUACAUCUAUUUACUUGGGUUAUUCAGCAAAGGUGGGACCGUGACACUGCAGGAUCCAGUUUCCUUACCAAUAUUGUAUUCUCCUCACACAAAGUAAUAGUUUCAGUCUAAAUAUUGUUCAUUUUCUAUUUACCUGUAGCAAUAUCUAAUGUAUAUUGUACACUUUAAUGUCUGGAGAACAAAACCUUAUGUUGAAACAAUUUGGUAUGCUUAUGUAUGUUCAUUUUAAAUAAAACGUUAUCUCAAUUAGCUUAGUUAUUUUACUUAUUUACUUACAGGCUUCCUCAAGUUUAUCCACAGGUUUUAUUAAAGACCUCGUCUUGUUGCUCUUUAGUUACAUGGCUUACUCAGGUGGGUGAAAUGGUUACAGAAUGGUUGUAGUCUACCCACAGCCAAAGCAUGUAGGCUUUGUAGGGUUUGACGUUGUUUUUAAAAUUGUGGUUUCUAGCUUUUACUAACAUGACUUUAUUUUCCUUACAUAUUUGAAUAUCUUAUCUUCAUGUCGACAUGAGGGCUCUGAUAUGUAUAUCUUUGAUUAUUCCUAUAUUUAGGUGUUCACUUCUUACUCGUAUUCCAGUAGGCUAUCCCAGCCAAAAUAGCCGUAGCAGUUUGUUUGUAGGCUACAACAGGACCCUGUUGAUUACCUGGGGUCGAUUGUGAUAGGAGUCUGAAAUAUCUCUUUAGGAUAUCCACAUCCAGCAAACUAGGUAUGUAAAUCAACCUGUCUUCACUCUGUGUUGCUCAACCAUGUAUGGAAUAUCUUUGAGAUGGUGCACAAGUGUGCCAUUGUUUAAUCUUAAACAACAUAACAUAGCUCAAUGCGUCUAUUUAUAUAGUUAAUCUUAAAGUAAAAACAAAUGGGGUGGGGUUACUUAAUUUGGUCUUUAAUGAACAUUAAGUGGGUGGAUGGAGACCCAAGUUUUGUUCUGCCAUUAAAUGAGAUAAUGGAACAAGUUAAUUGGUGUCUCCUCCAGAAAGCUGAGAUUGUCCAGUUUCUCACUUUGUGUCUCUCCCAUCUCCUCCAGGUUGCUAUGGUAACCUGGACACAAGGACAUCACCCCGAAAACGAAGGGGUGUGUUUCUCCACGCCGACGGGGGACUAUGGUGGUUCUGCCUUCUCCCCCUCAGAUACCAAUACGUCUGAUGAUAUCGUAGGAAAAGACUUUGUUGUAUGAACUCACAAUAAAUAUAUAUAUUUUUGUAUACCAUUA